UGCUAGAAGGGAGCCAGGGCAGUGAGAGGCUGGAGCUGUUGGGAGGCAUUACCUGCUGGAUCCCAAGCUUUCUGAGAAGCCAGGAGGGCACUGAGACCCAGCACCCAGAGGACAUGGUCUUUGACAGAAGGGAUACUUCCUCUGUUGGAGCAAGAGGGGAGGAGGACAGGAAUAAAAUGGAAGGAGAACCAAGCAGAUGGGAAAUCCACACUCCAGCUUUUCACAAGAAAAAGAAAAAGUAUUCAGUCCAUAAGGACAGACAUCAGAGACGUUCUUGCGACAGUUUCAGACAGUCCCCCCUGGCAAGUGAAACAUCACGAAUAACUAAUAAGAGUAAAAAAAGGAAAAAGGAUUUCCAGCACUUCGUUUCUUCUCCUGUGAAGAAAUCAGAAGCCUGUGAUGAGACCGAAAAGGCCACCUGUGUUCCCAAAAAGAAGAAAAAGAGAAGAAACAGUGCUCUGGGUGUAGACAGGGAAACAGGUGUUUCAUACAUCCUGGUGGAUAAAAAAAAUACUGAGUACAUGCCAGAGGAUUUUAGGAGAGAUGUUGACGUUGUUUAUGUUAACAUGAGCAAGGGACAGAAGUCACCAGAAGAGCCUGAAGCAGACAGACCACACGCAGUUACUAAGUCACAUAAAAAGGAGUCAGAACAUCACGGUCAAGUUAGGGAGAAAAAGAAUAAAAAGCGGCGGUGGAAAGCCGCAUCCUGCGACGCCUCGCAGGGGAGCCCGCGUGCCACCUGCACCCUGGCCCCACCGGAGUCGCAGGAACAGGACUCCCUGCUGUCUGCGGGCUUGGAGGGCGAAACCACACCGCCCCCACUAUCUGCCCACAGAAGUAAGGUGAAGAAAAAGAAGAAGAGAAAAUUCUCGAAGAACCAGGAGUUUGUGGCCCCGGCCGCACCCGAGAGUCCCGAGGACGAGCCCUCUGAAGGCAUGUGGGUCCUCGGGGAGGUUGGGCCUGCAGAAGGCAGUGAGGGCUCCCGCAGUAGAAAGAGAAAGACCAAGAAAAGGAAGCGAAGGUCUUCUGUUGAAAGUGUGGCAGCGUCGGGGGCUGAUUUUUCAGUGCUCAGUCCGAGCUUGGAGGACACGCUCUUUGACUCACUGGACAGGAAUGGUACCUUGACUGAAGAAAGUGCGAGACCCAGGCCACACGGUGGAAAGACCCAGGCCUGUUCAGAAGAGGCACACAGGUUAGAACCUACAAAUGAAGAAGAAAGCAAUUUGGAACUGGCUGAAGAUGCUGCAACAAAAUAUUUAUCUGAAGAUUCUAGAGCUUCAGGCGAUCCAGAUGUGGAUUUGGACUCCGCUGUGAGGCAGCUCCAAGAGUUCAUCCCGGACAUCAAGGACAGGGCGGCCACAACAAUCAAGCGAAUGUACCGGGAUGACUUGGGACGGUUUAAAGAGUUUAAAGCACAGGGUGUCACUAUUAAAUUUGGCAAGUUUUCUGUAAAGGAAAAUAAGCAGUUAGAGCAAAAUGUGCAAGAAUUUCUAUCCCUGACGGGAAUUGAGAAUGCAGACAAGCUGCUGUACACAGACAGAUAUCCUGGGGAGAAGUCUGCGAUCACCAGCUUGAAAAGAAAAUACUCAUUUCGAUUGCACAUUGGGAAGGGCAUCGCCCGGCCCUGGAAACUCGUAUACUAUCGAGCAAAGAAGAUGUUCGAUGUCAAUAAUUACAAAGGCAGGUACAGCAAAGGAGAUACGAAGAAGUUAAAGAUAUACCAGGCCCUCCAUGGGAAUGAUUGGAAAAAGAUCGGGGAGAUGGUGGCGCGAAGCAGCCUCUCCGUUGCCUUGAAGUUCUCCCAGAUCAGCAGCGAAAAAAAUCAUGGUACUUGGAGUAAGACAGAAACCCAGAAACUCAUCAAGGCUGUUGAAGAAGUGAUUCUAAAGAAAAUGACUCCCCAGGAGUUAAAAGAGGUGGAUUCUAGACUCCAAGAAAAUCCUGAAGGCUGCCUGUCAAUUGUUCGGGAAAAACUCUACAAGGGCAUAUCUUGGGUAGAAGUAGAAGCUAUAGUAGAAACCAGAAAUUGGAUGCAGUGUAAAAGUAAGUGGACAGAAGUUCUAACCAAGAGGAUGACAAAUGGUCGGGAUGUAUUCCGUGGAGCUAAUGCCCUGCAGGCCAAAAUCAACCUGAUUGAAAGCUCACAGGGCAGCUGGCUAUCAUGGCCUCUCAAGGACCUUCCCCAACACCGGUGGACCUGGGCUCAUGUCAUGUGAGUGCCAGCAAGCACAGAAGAAACCUUUGCAUUCUGGCCACCUGUCCAGCUUCGUUCUUCCUGCUCUCCAUCGUGAGCCCUGCUUGAAGUUCAUCCGUGUGCUUCUGACCCUCCACACCGUCUGGCUGCUUACGCCCCCACCUUAUUGCCCUAUGGAGAAGCAGCACUGCAGACCCGAGGAGGGCGUCUCAGGUUGGGCAGGCCUGGCAGGGUUCCAGUCAAUCGUGAAGUGCCUGAGCCAGCAGCUCGGGCUUUCACCCCCAUUCUCUGGUCUGUAGAACAGAUGAUGCCCCCAUCUCAUCACGGGGAGCAUUAAGGGUAAAUGAAUUAGC